GUAUGUGCACGCGCGCGCUUGCUUCAGUAAGCUCGGUGUUGAACUAGUUCAAGUGGUCUGUCUUGCUAUAUUCAUGCACUUCGUCCCACCUGCUCUGCUCUGACUAGCGUGACAGCUAAUCCUUGCUAUGGAAUUUGGUCUAUAGAUUUUCUCCGGGACUUUAUUUUUUUGUUGCUGCUACUAAUGAUCCAGAGUAGUCUCUUGGGCUCGAUGGAGGCGAUCAGGAGCGCAGUGACUCCGCGGGCGCCGGCGCCGGUAAAACGUGUGUCCGAGGUAGACUUCCGCUCAGGCACGGCGCUUGAGCAUCUGGCUUCACAUGUGCAGGAGCUGGUACAGCUCGAGCAGGCGUUUGGAGACCAGACAGCUCUCGAGGUGCACACAGCCAAGGACUUCAUCUUCAACAUGCUUGGCCUGGUCCAGAAGGUUGACAAGAGGCUGCCUGUCGCAAAUGAAUACCUGUUAUUGUCAGGCGGUGCCAGAGAGGGUGUUCUUGAUCUGAACCCAGAAGAGCUUGGUGACUAUGUCAGAGGUGUAGACUUUGACCUGGACUUCACCCUUCUGGUGCCUGCGCUCAAACUGCAUGACCGCAACCAGCCUGUAACUCUGGACAUGCGCCAGUCUCCACCGUGUCACUCCUGGCUCAGCUUACGGCUUUGUGACCCGGCCAUGCUAACCCGAUGGGGUAUCUGCUGCGAAGACGAGCCUAACAAUCGGCGCCAGGAAGAUGGUGAGGAAGAAGAGGGUGGUUCCAUAUUGGGCUCGAUUCCCUCCCUCCAGUCUCCCCAGUCUUUGGACGGAUGCUACUUCUCUCCCCUGCUGGUCACAGAAUGGUUUUGGAACGUAGUCGGCACAGCAGUUGAGGAGCUAAAGCGGCACCCACAAAGAGGGAUUCCAGUUCCUGAUCGUGUGGAACGCAAUGGACCUUUGACCACGCUGAUCCUUAAAGCUGGCACCAGCCGUGUCCUCUAUGAUCUCUUGCCUGUUGUGUCAUUUCGAGGCUGGCCAGCUGUAGCGCAAAGCUGGCUCACUACCAACCACUUCUGGGAUGGAAAGAUCACAGAGGAGGAGGCAAUCAGUGGGUUUUAUCUCCUCCCUUGUUGCUCCCCAACUGCUGGCUCAGCUUCAAGGCCUGACCGCGAAUGGAGACUUGCAUUUUCCCGGAGUGAGGUCCAGUUGAAGAAAUGCGUGCCUUUUCCUAUGGCCGCAGCCUUCCAAGCAGCCAAAGCUGUUGUGUCAAGACUGCUGGCACGCCCUCGUACUGGUCUUAGCCUUUACCACCUGCGCACCCUACUUUUCUGGGCUUGUGACCGCUUACCUGCAGCGUACUUGAGCUGUUCAGAACAAGAGACACCAGCUCGUUUGUUUCUGGGUCUCUUGGAUGACCUGGCACACUGUGUACUGGGUAAAAAUUGCCCCAACUAUUUCCUCCCUCAGUACAACAUGUUGGAACAUCUUACUGACGAUGCAGCCCUGCUGGUGGCCCGGAAACUAGCACACUUGCGCUCAGAUCCAGCUGAACAUUUGCGUGCGGCGCUUGAGCAAGCUCAACAGGCCUGCCAGCUGAAACGAGAAGCUGCUGGGACGAGUAACGGGCACGGAGCCUCUUCACCAAGUUCGGGUCCUUCGAAAGCCACCUCCCCUCAAGAUGACCGCCUAGCCCAGAGACUGCAGCAGCUGGUUACAGAAAACCCUGGCAAGUCGAUUUCGGUCUUCCUUAACCCAGACGACGUGACAAGACCGCACUUCCGCAUCGAUGAUAAGUUCUAUUGAACAGGUAGCGCCCUAGCAAGAGCACUACACACUGCCUGAGGAAAAAAUAAUGCCCCUCUUUCUUCCUUAGCCACUGAGGUAAAGCUAAAAUUCAAAGUUAAGAGCACACACAUACACAAUCCUCCACUCCACUGUGCAUUGUGCUGUACUGUAUUAAACCGCUCACAUGCAGGCUGGGCACAAUCAGUGAUGUAUUUUGGCCAACGCUACAGUCUGCAAUCCAGCUCCGCGAGAUAUGAUUAAGCUGCUACUAGAGAGACCAUCUGUCCCAAAUCAAGUCUGCUGUCAGCUACAUGGCUGCUACCAAAAGAAACAAAAAAUCACCAAAUGGAGAAAGGCACAAGAGCAGCUGUUUUUGGAUCUUGUAUGCCAUUUGAUGAGAGGCCUUGAAGCUGUAUUGCUCAGUGAAAUCUUAAUCCUGCAACCUGUAUUGGAUUAUAAAUAUCUUGCACAGCUUGAAACAAUAGUUCAGUUCAAGGAUUUUACAUCCUGCUACAUACUGCUGAGGAUCUUUUUUUUCUCCGUUAUACACUGGUAAACAGGAAGGUGGGCAAUGAUCUAAACCAAGGUAUAUUUUAAAUCACUGGAUGUAAUUUAAUUUUUUUUAUCGCAAAGAUGUUGAAUGGACUGUAUAUAUAUAUAUAU